AUGCCUCUUAAAAUGGAUCCAGAAUGGCGAAAAGCCAUGGAGCCGUUCUUCGCCAACUCGGCAGCGAAUCCCCGACCCCCAAUAACGGAUCCUUUGGAGAUGCGACCGGUUGUGGAAGCGAGCCUCCGAAACUGCCUGUCCGUGCUUCCUGAAUACCCGGAUGUUGAGCAGGAAGUACACCAUAUCACCUCGUAUGACGGGGCAUCCAUUCCGGUGUACCGAUUCUGGAAGAAGGGCGAUGCAUCAAAGCUCGGGCCAGCCAUUGUCCACGCCCACGGCGGCGGGAACAUCCUGGGGGAUGUGCAAAUGCAUGGGACCUACCUGGCGCAGCAGAUCCACCAACACGGGGUCCAACUUUUCUCGGUCGAGUUUCGGCUCGCGCCGGAGCACCCUUUCCCCACGCCAGUGGAGGAUUGCUAUGCCGCCUUGGCUUGGGUCAAUAAGCACGCGGACCAGUUCGCCAUUGACCCUCACCGCAUCGGAGUGAUGGGCGAAAGCGGCGGGGGCAACCUGGCCGCCGGUAUGACCCUGAUGGCUCGCGACCGAGGCCUGUCGCCCCCUGUGGCGAAGCAAUUUCUCAUUUAUCCUAUGUUGGACGACCGCAAUACGGGCCCGUGUCCAGCCUUGAAGGAUUUGUUGAUGUGGACUCCAGAGUCGAGCAUCGUGGUCUGGGGGACUUACCUGGGUGCGAACUUUGGCACUGAUCACGUCUCGCAGUAUGCUGCGCCUGCCAGGGCCGCCAGCGUGGAGGGCCUGCCCCCGACAUAUAUGGAACUUAGUAACUUGGAUAUCUUCCGCGACGAAGGGCUCAAGUACGCCUCACGCAUCGCCGCGGCCAACAUCGAAGUCGAAAUCCAUGUGUAUCCUGGCCUGCCGCAUGGGUAUGACAUCUUUGCACCUCUUUGUGCGCCUUCGCAGCGGGCGAUCUCAGAUCGUGUGCGGGCGGUCUCAACCUUGUAG